UUGAGAGAGUAUCAGCAGAAGAAUAGUCCUGGUGUUCCUGCAGGAGCGAAAAAGAAGAAAAAGAUUAAAAAUGGCUGUAGCCCUGAGAAAACCACCGCCAAUGAUUGUCAGUCACCAGAGGAUAUUCAGGACAUUCUGAAGGUGUUGGUGUCCGACCUUAACCGUUCCAAUGGGGUCUCACUCCCUCCAUUAGACAAGAGGAAGGCUCCCACUGACCACACUGCUCCUGCACCGCCAACUGCUGCUGAUGACACUAUGUUUCUUGGUGUUGUCCCUUCCCCUGAUGCUGACCUCACUAGCAUGGCAUCGCCUCAGAGCCAUGAUGCUGGCAAUAGCUCUAACCUCAUGGAGGAGACCAAGACUUUCUCAUCAACUGAGAGUCUGCGACAACUUUCUCAACAACUCAAUGGUCUUGUGUCUGAGUCUACAUCCUACAUCAACGGGGAGGGCCUCACAUCUUCUAACAUGAAGGAACUGGAGAGCCGGUACCAAGAGCUAGCAGUAGCCCUGGACUCCAGCUAUGUAACAAACAAACAACUCAGUAGCACGAUAGAGGAAUUGAAACAACAGAACCAAGACACUCUGGAUCAACUGGAAAAAGAGAAGAGGGAUUAUCAGCAGAAGCUGGCAAAGGAGCAGGGAGCUCUCAGGGAACAACUGCAGGUUCACAUUCAGACCAUAGGCAUCCUGGUGUCUGAGAAGGCAGAAUUACAGACAGCCCUGGCUCACACACAGCAAGCAGCCAGGCAGAAAGCAGGAGAGUCAGAGGAUCUUGCCAGCCGCCUGCAGUCUUCCCGACAGCGUGUGGGAGAGCUAGAGCGGACGCUGUCUACUGUGUCAACGCAACAGAAACAGGCGGACAAGUACAACAAGGACCUAACCAAAGAGCGAGAUGCCCUCAAGCUGGAGCUGUACAAGAACAACAAAAAUAAUGAGGACCUGAAGCAGCAGAACUCAGAACUGGAAGAGAAACUUCGAGUCUUAGUGGCAGAGAAAGCAGCUGCACAGUCAGGGGUGGAGGACCUGCAGAAGAAGCUGGAAAUGUCGGAGCUGCUGCUGCAGCAGUUCUCAAGCCAAUCUGAGGCCUCUGAUAGUAAGCAGCAGUUACAACAUGCCAUGGAGGAGCGGGCUCAGCUGGAGACCCAUGUAGGCCAGUGCACACUCUGAAGGAGGAGAAGGAACACAGAGAAAGUCAGGUACAAGAGCUGGAGGGCUCCUUGGCCGAACUCAGAAGUCAGAUGGAGGAGCCGCCACCCCCACCGCCCCCAGCUGGACCCUCUGAGGUGGAACAGCGGCUGCAGGGAGAGGUUGAACAACUGCAGAAGGAACUGGAGAAUCUGACAGAACAGCUGAGGGCCCAGGUGCAGGAUAAUGAGAGCCUGAGCCACCUGAACCGGGAGCAGGAGGAGCGUCUGCUGGAGCUGGAGCGGGCAGCAGAGCGCUGGAGUGAGCAGACUGAGGAGCGCAAGCAGAUCCUGGAGAGCAUGCAGAGUGACCGCACCACCAUCAGCAGAGCGCUGUCACAGAACCGCGAGCUAAAGGAGCAGUUGGCUGAGCUGCAAAACGGCUUCGUCAGGCUGACCAACGAGAACAUGGAGAUCACCAGUGCACUGCAGUCAGAGCAGCAUGUCAAGAAAGAGCUGGCCAAGAAGCUGGGAGAGCUGCAGGAGAGGCUGGGGGAGCUGAAGGAGACGGUGGAGCUGAAGAGCCAAGAAGCACAGAGUCUGCAAGAGCAGCGAGACCAGUGCCUGUCCCACCUGCAGCAGUAUGCUGCUGCCUACCAACAGCACUUGGCUGCCUAUGAGCAGCUGACCUCUGAGAAGGAGGCAGUGCACAAGCAGCUUCUGCUGCAGACACAGCUCAUGGACCAGUUGCAGCAUGAGGAAGUACAGAGCAAGAUGGCAGCUGAAAUGGCCCGCCAGGAGUUGCAAAAGACCCAGGAGAGCCUGGAAGCCACCAGCCAGGAGAACCAGCAACUCCAGGCCCAGCUGAGCCUCUUGGCUCUCCCUGGAGAAGGAGAUGAGGAGCAGGAGGAGCAGGAGGAGGAGGCUCCUCGGCCUAGUCUGACCAUCCCAGAAGACCUAGACAGUAAAGAAGCCAUGGUGGCUUUCUUUAACACAGCUAUAGCCAGUGCUGAGGAAGAGCAGACCCGGCUACGUGUACAAUUGAGAGAGCAGAAGGCACGUUGCCGAAGCUUGGCUCACUUGUCCACCCCAGUCCAAAGCAAGAUCCCCAGUAAUGUGAGUGAUUCUGUGUCUGAGGAGAGCAACCAGGCCCUACAUGUAGCCAUGGAGAAGCUGCAGAGCCGCUUCUUGGAGGUCAUGCAGGAGAAAGUGGAGCUCAAGGAGAGGGUAGAGGAACUCGAACAUUGCUGUAUCCAGCUCUCUGGAGAGACAGACACCAUUGGAGAGUACAUUGCCCUCUACCAAAACCAGAGGGCAGUGCUAAAGGCUAGGCAUUUGGAGAAGGAGGAGUACAUCAGCAGGCUAGCCCAGGACAAGGAGGAAAUGAAAAUAAAGCUGCUAGAGCUGCAGGAGCUGGUGUUGAGGCUUGUGAAUGAGCGCAAUGAAUGGCAGGGCAAAUUCCUGGCAGUCUCUCAGAACCCUGUUGAUGUGCCCACCCCAGUGCCCACAGGCUCCCAGGGAUUUGGAGCUGCUGACCAGCAGGGUGACCUUAGGGAGGUGAGCCUGGCCGACAGUAUAGAGCCUGCACAAGGAGCGCCGGGGGCACUCACUCCCCCUGAGAACCCCACUGCACAGCAGAUCAUGCAGCUACUGCGUGAGAUCCAGAACCCUCAGGAACGUCCAGGCCUGGGCAGCAAUCCUUGUAUCCCCUUUUUCUACCGUGCUGAUGAGAAUGACGAAGUGAAAAUUAUGGUUGUCUAAAAGACUGGCAGCCAAAGGGUCUGCCCCAACCCACUCCCUCUUCAGUCACCCUUAUCCUUAUAAUAAUAAGGUCAGACUCCACCCCCUCAAGGGGCUGAGGAAGUAGCUCAGUUGGUAGAGUGCUUGUCUGCCGGGUCCCACCCCAGUACCUCUGAACUGGGGGUGCUGAGAAUUCGAGCACUUGGGAAGAGGAGGCAGGAGAAUCAGCCACCCUGGGCUACACUGAGCCCCUGUCUGAAAAAAAAAAAAAAAAGAUCAGACUCCCUAUAUUAAUGUGAUAUACAAACAGGGACAGGCCCUGUGCCCUCUUGGCCAGGGCGAUUUUACUUUCUAAAGUCAAUGAUUGAGCAGACUGCCUCUCUGGGUAGCCUGGUGGCUUCCUGACCAAGCUCUCUUUAGUUGGAGGACCACAGUCCUUACUCAAGACACUGGGGCAGAACAGUUUGGCAGCAUUUUCAUGGCCAGGUGCAGCACAGGCUGGUAGAUGCAACCUAGCAAUCAGCAAGAGAGCUCCUUUGUCUUACCAUCUUUCAUUACCUUCCCUCCUUCUCCUUCCCACCCCUUUCUUUAUUUUCUGAUAGUGUCUCAUAUAUCCCAGACUAACCCUGAGCUCACUACACACUGACCUUGUGACUCUCCUGCUCAUCACUGUGCCUGGUGUUUUGCAGUGCUGAGCAGGCACUCUACCAAUUGAUUUACACCCCAGCACUACCUACUUUUUUCUUAAGUGUGGGAACACUGGGGAUGGAACCCAGGGCCCAGCACAUUCCCAGACCAACUCCCAUCUUCUUAAAGGCACUUUAGGGAGUGGGACUGGGCAGCAUUUCCAUGGGUUCCCAGGCAGUUCCCCUAACUGCCUCUGGAAAGCAUCCCACUUAGGAGGGCUUCCAUCUUUUUAGAGGCACUUUGGGACAGGGAAAUUGGGUACUAUUCUCUCAGGCCUUAUGACAAUUGGGGUAACUGUAUGCCAAGCAGGAUAGAGGCUCUUGGGGGGGGGGGUUUCCCCUCUCCUGGUGUACAUAUUGUACCUGUGUACCAUUUUGUAUAUUCUGGGGUAGGGACACCCUCUGUAUUAUAGUAGAGGUUGGAGCUGGCAAGUGGGGAGGAGAUUCUAAUAAUCACUUGGGGCUGGGAAACUUAUUUAUUGGUAGUGUAGGACAGAGGACAGGAGGCGGAGAUGGGGUUGUAGCAUCCUGCUGAUGCAGCUCCUCUUUAUUUUGCUUUUUACUUGGGAAAUAAAUGGAUUUAGCCAUA